UUCAACUCUUCCACCCAUGGUUCUCCCAUCGAUGGGAACUCUCGGACGAAGACUCUAGAGAGAGGAGGAAAACCAAGCCCAGACGCCAAGUCCAACUAACGAACCAAACCCACCAGCUUGUUACGUAGUCGUGUGCGACGCUGCUGACCAACCGACUCGAGAUCGUCCACAAGCCCAAACCAUCCAGAAGGCCGGAGUCGUGCGUCCCACCAACUCCAUACUGCUCAGCCCGAGUUCUCCACGUCGCUUACAGUUUCUCGGCGAGGGUCCGGAGAUCCGAAUAUGAGGUAUUUUCCCAACGAAAGGAACGAAUAAAUUUUCACCGUGUCCGAUCUGCACUGCGCAACCGGGUCGGUUCCAACUUCCCUGAUUCGGAAUGGAGACCCCCUCGUGUUGAGAGCCGGAAAGGACCCAUGGAGAGCCUCCACUCCUGGAGUAUGCUUAUAUUGCGAGUCCACUCGAGGCCUGCGAUCACUGCCCGACUUAGUCAUGACUGUCCGCGAGUCUGCGGAGUGCGUCCCGAUGCCGCAGUGUGGUGGUCGACUAUCAAUCUCGUCUAAUCAAUCUCAUCUUAUCAAUCAUGUUAGUAUAUCACGUCUACCUACCUCUAGCCCGAGGGGAGGGCGACUCUGGGUGUCUGUUUGUCCCUCUAGCCUCUCAACUUUGGACGUGUCCUUCCAUCCCCUCUCUUGAACAUCCUUCACUCGGGGCACCAUGAAGCUCAUCACUGUGACCUCGGCGCUCCUCGCGCUGGGUGAGACGGCCUCGGCCAGCCUGUACCCCCGGUCCAACACGACGACUACGAUCCGCAAUACGACGUACGACUACAUCGUCGCCGGCGCCGGGACCGCUGGCAUCGUGGCCGCCGAACGCCUUGCCGCCUCGGGCCUCAGCGUGCUCCUCGUCGAGCGCGGCGGGCCGUCCCUCUACAUGUCGGGCUACCGCAAGACCAUGCCGUGGAACGACACCGUCACCAUGUACGACGUGCCCGGCAUGUCCGACUACACGGGUGCCGACCCGGACCUGCAGUACUGCCGGGACCUCGUCAUCGCCGCUGGCUGCAUGCUCGGCGGCUCGACCAUGCUCAACGCCCUCAUGUUCGUCCGGCCGCGCGCCGCCGACUUCGCCGGGUGGCCCGAGGAGUGGCGCUGGGAGAACGGCGUCGCGCUCGCGGCCGAGGAGUUUUACGAGCGUCUCCCGGGCACCAUCCUGGCGUCCGAGGACGGCAAGCGGUACGACGACGGCGCGUACGAGAUCAUGUCGCGCUUCCUCGACGCCAACGGCUGGAGCGAGCAAGACGCCUUGAACGAUGUCGAGGCGAAGGAGUUGAUGUACUCCCACCCCCCGUGGUCGAUCGCCCAUGGCCUGCGUGACAGCCCCGUACGAUCCAUCCUCCCCGACGCCGAGGCGCUGCCCAACUUCACCCUCGAGCUGCACGCCAAGGUCCUCCGCGCCGUGCGCGACGGCGGCCUCGUGACGGGCGUCGAGGUCGAGAACGACUCGGGCGCCCGGGAGAUCAUCAACCUGGCUAAGGGCGGAUCGCUCGUUCUCGCCGCCGGCUCCCACUCGACGCCUCGCGUGCUCUUCAACUCGGGAAUCGGCCCGGCCGCGCAGAUCGAGAUCGUCGCGGCCGGCACGACGGGCAUCACGCUGCCGCCCCGCGAGCAGUGGAUCGAGCUGCCCGUCGGCGAGAACCUCAAGGACCACGCCGUCGCUACCGUCGUCUUCCAGACCGAGAAGGACGCGCUGGUCGCCCUGCCGGACGCGGCGUGGACGGACCCGGGCCAAGAGUCGGUCGAGCUCUUCGCGCGCGGCAGCGGCCUGCUGGCGCAGUCGGGCCAGCGCCUCAACUUCUGGACCAGCGUCAACGCCACCGCUGACGGCGCCACGCGCUACAUCCAGGGCACCGUCCGCGCGGAUGCCAACGACACGAUCGGCGUCAAGGUGUACCUCACGCACGGCACGACCUCGGCCGGCACCGUCGGCAUCACGGCGGACGGCACGACCAACAUGACGCGCACGCCGCUCCUGCACACCGAGGGCGACCGCGAGGCGCUGAUCAAGAUGGUCGACACGCUGCUAGGCUACGCCCGGCAGCCAGGCAGCAUCCUCAGCGUCGCCGGGAACGCGUCGGCCGAGGCCAUCGUCGCCACGGCCGGCAGCGGCAGCCACUACCUGGGCACCGCCCAGAUGGGCGCCCGGAACGACGGGAACAGCGUCGUCGACCCGGACACCAGGGUCUGGGGCACCGAGAACCUGUUCGUCGUGGACGGCAGCAUCCACCCCGAGGUGCCGACGGGCAACACGCAGGCGCCCAUCAUGGUGGCUGCUGCGUUUGCCGCCAAGAGAAUCCUGGCUCUGAAUGCUCACUGAGUGCAGUGCAGGUUUGGAGCUGGGACAUCUCUAGGCGGUUCCACCCAAAUGUAGAUAAACCAUAUAAUCAAGUGGCCGGCCGGCUUUGUGUAGAAUACAAAACAACAAGAUGGACAAAACUAACAGAACUGUUCCCACGAUCCAUCCUCGGUUGAUGCCUCGCCGAGAUAAUGCCAAAUAGAAGGUUCCCGUCAGCCUCGUUCAGUUUUUAACAGAACAGACAUGUCUCCUAAUGGUUGGAGGCACAAGUAAAAGAACGGCAGUGAGAUACUCAACUCGUAAGAUGACUUCUUGUCGUCGCGUAUCGUAAGCUGUGUCAUGCCGCC